GGUUUCUUCUAAAGUUUAUGGUUUCGUUUGCAGCUUGUUGGCGUUUCAUUUCUAUCGUGCCUGGUUCAGGAUUGUUGAUUGGGUACCAAGCGUUUGACAUUUUCCGGGAAGGGCCAACUUUGUGGCUGUUUUUGCGCCAAACAUGAUCAAUAGCGUUCUUUCUUGCAUACCGGCAAUUCAUGUGAAAACAAGAGUGAAUAGCGUUGGACGGGUCGAUGAACGAUGGCACACGUAAAUGGUGUAGACGAUGCACAACCAUCGACCAGCAUGCCAAAAACGGAAUGUCCGAUAUGCCACAAAUGGUUUCCCGUAAACGGAAUAGAGCUGCACGUGGAUGAGUGUCUGAGGCUGAGCGAAGUAGUCGAAGAACGUCUAAUGCCGGACAGUAUAAGCGAAAGUACACGGUCAAUAACGCCCUGCGCGGAAGAACAACCGGAGCAGGCUUGUGACGGAACGCCACAAGUACCGAAGAGGAACUUUAGCAUCUUUGAACGUAGUCCGAAGACGACAGUCAAGCGACCACGCAACGAGGAAGCGCCGAUCGAUAUGUCCAGCGUUAACCGAGAGGAUGAAGGUGUAAUGUUCAUCAAAUCGGACACUGAGGACGACGAAGCGAAUGAGCAGCGAAAGAAAUCUAAAAUGGAAUAUCCGCCAGAGAAAAAGGCCGCAAAAGAAUUGCCAAAGAUACCGCUCGCCGAACUGAUGCGGCCAUCGAAAAUCGAAGACUACGUUGGACAGGAUGCAAUUGUCGGACAGAACGCAAUACUGCGUAAAUUACUCGACAGCGGUAACAUUCCGAGCUUGAUUCUGUGGGGACCACCGGGUUGUGGAAAAACGACACUUGCCAACAUUAUUGCCAAUCGCUGCAAGACCCAAUCCGCUACGUUGCGGUUCGUGAAACUUUCUGCCACGAUGGCCGGGGUGGCGGAAGUGAAGGAGGUGAUAAAGGUCGCUAAAAACGAUGUCAAAUACAAGCGCCGGACAUUGCUGUUCAUGGACGAGAUACAUCGGUUUAACAAGCUGCAGCAGGAUAUCUUUCUUCCGCAUGUAGAAUCCGGCACGAUAACGCUUAUCGGUGCUACGACAGAGAACCCAUCGUUCAGCCUAAACUCUGCCCUGCUCAGCCGGUGCCGGGUGAUCGUGCUGGAGAAGCAUUCCGUGGAGAGCAUGAUGCAAAUACUGGUGCGUGCGCUGCCAGAGUAUGAAACGUUUAUGGUACCGGAAAGCGUUAACAACAACGAGGCUAAGUUGCCCGAUUUCAGCCAAUUGUCGUUCAUUCCACGCACGAUUAUCCAUGAGGAAACCGUCCGCUGGCUCGCGGAAACCUGUGACGGAGAUGCACGUAUCGGGUUGAACGGUCUGCAGCUAGCGUUGGGCGGUGCCGUUUCUACGUCGGACAGUAUUUACGAGACACUGAAGACCGUCACGCUACAGGACGUCCGUGAGGGUAUUAAAAAAUCCCAUCUUCUUUACGAUCGCAAGGGGGACCAACACUACGAUACGAUAUCCGCUCUGCACAAAUCCAUCCGUGGUUCGGAUGAUAACGCUGCUCUGUACUGGGCCACCCGUAUGGUCGCAUCCGGCGAAGAUCCUCGCUACAUCUGCCGCCGGAUGAUACGCAUGGCGAGCGAGGACAUUGGUCUAGCGGACACGAACGCGCUGCAAGUAGCGACCGCUACACUGGCGGCCGUCCAAUCGGUCGGCAUGCCGGAAGCGGACUGUAUUAUCGCACACUGUGCCGUCUAUCUGGCCCGUGCACCCAAGAGUCGCGAGGUAUACGAAGCGUACAAACGCUGCCGGGCAUCGAUCGAUGAGUGGAAGGGCCCGAUGCCGGGUGUACCGCUGCAUCUGCGCAAUGCUCCGACCAAGCUAAUGCGCGAUCUGCAGUACGGUGUGGGGUACAAUAUGCUGCACAAGGAUCAGUCCGGGUUGACUUACAUGCCGGAAGGGUUGGAGGACGAGAAAUAUUUUUCGGAAUAGAGGCGAAUAUCAAUCUCUACAAUCAAGUGAUACGUUACAGUACAAAACCAAC